AUGCCUACAGGAUGUGGCCACCACCACACGUUCACUGGCAAAGUAAGAUAUCACUACACAGUAGAUAUGUGCGCAGGAACAGAGAAUAAACUGAGCUCUCUCUCUGACCUGGAACAGCAGUACCGAGCCUUGCGCAAAUACUAUGAGAACUGCGAGGUAGUCAUGGGCAACCUGGAGAUCACCAGCAUCGAACACAACCGGGACCUCUCCUUCCUGCGGUCUAUCCGAGAGGUCACGGGCUACGUACUGGUGGCCCUCAACCAGUUCCGUUACCUGCCUCUGGAGAAUUUACGCAUUAUUCGUGGAACAAAACUGUAUGAAGAUCGUUAUGCCUUAGCGAUAUUCCUAAACUACAGAAAAGAUGGCAAUUUUGGACUUCAAGAACUUGGAUUAAAGAAUCUGACUGAAAUUCUAAAUGGUGGAGUUUAUGUAGACCAGAACAAGUUCCUGUGUUAUGCUGACACCAUACACUGGCAAGAUAUUGUUCGGAACCCAUGGCCUUCCAACAUGACUCUGGUGUCAACAAAUGGAAGCUCUGGAUGUGGAAGAUGCCAUAAGUCCUGUACUGGCCGCUGCUGGGGACCCACCGAAAAUCACUGUCAGACCUUGACAAGAACUGUGUGUGCUGAACAAUGUGACGGCAGGUGCUAUGGACCCUACGUUAGUGACUGCUGCCAUCGAGAAUGUGCUGGAGGCUGCUCCGGACCAAAGGACACUGACUGCUUUGCCUGCAUGAACUUCAAUGACAGUGGGGCUUGUGUUACUCAAUGUCCCCAGACAUUUGUCUACAAUCCAACUACCUUUCAACUGGAACACAACUUUAAUGCAAAGUACACAUAUGGAGCAUUCUGUGUUAAAAAAUGCCCACAUAACUUUGUGGUAGAUUCCAGUUCCUGUGUGCGUGCUUGUCCUAGUUCCAAGAUGGAAGUAGAAGAAAAUGGGAUUAAAAUGUGUAAGCCUUGCACCGACAUUUGCCCUAAAGCGUGUGAUGGCAUUGGCACAGGAUCGUUGAUGUCAGCUCAGACAGUGGAUUCCAGUAAUAUUGACAAAUUCAUAAACUGCACAAAGAUCAAUGGGAAUCUCAUCUUCCUUGUCACUGGGAUUCACGGGGACCCUUACAAUGCAAUUGAAGCCAUAGACCCAGAGAAGCUGAAUGUCUUCCGGACAGUCAGAGAAAUAACAGGUUUCCUGAACAUACAAUCCUGGCCUCCAAACAUGACAGAUUUCAGUGUUUUCUCCAACCUUGUCACCAUUGGAGGGCGAGUCCUCUACAGUGGUCUAUCACUGCUUAUCCUCAAACAACAAGGCAUCACUUCCCUGCAAUUCCAGUCUCUGAAGGAAAUCAGUGCGGGCAACAUCUACAUUACUGACAACAGCAACCUGUGUUAUUAUCAUACCAUUAACUGGACAACGCUCUUUAGCACCAUUAACCAGAGAAUAGUGAUCCGAGAUAACAGAAGAGCUGACAACUGUACUGCUGAAGGGAUGGUGUGCAAUCACCUGUGUUCAAGUGACGGCUGUUGGGGACCUGGACCAGACCAGUGUCUAUCAUGUAGGCGCUUCAGCAGGGGAAAAAUCUGCAUAGAAUCUUGUAAUCUCUAUGAUGGGGAAUUUCGAGAGUUUGAAAAUGGCUCCAUCUGUGUUGAAUGUGACUCUCAGUGUGAGAAGAUGGAAGAUGGACUACUCACAUGCCAUGGACCGGGACCUGACAACUGCACAAAGUGUUCUCAUUUUAAGGAUGGUCCAAACUGUGUGGAGAAAUGUCCAGAUGGCCUACAGGGAGCAAACAGUUUCAUUUUCAAGUAUGCGGAUCAGGAUCGGGAAUGCCACCCAUGCCAUCCAAACUGCACCCAAGGGUGCGUAGGCUCAAGUAUUGAAGAUUGCAUCGGCCUGAUGGAUAGAACUCCAUUGAUUGCAGCCGGAGUCAUUGGCGGCCUCUUCAUCGUGGUCAUCAUGGCUCUCACAUUUGCGGUAUAUGUCAGAAGGAAGAGCAUCAAAAAGAAACGAGCCCUGAGGAGAUUCCUAGAAACAGAGCUGGUGGAGCCCUUAACCCCUAGUGGCACAGCACCCAACCAAGCUCAACUACGCAUUUUGAAGGAAACAGAACUAAAGAGGGUAAAAGUCCUUGGCUCCGGAGCUUUUGGAACUGUUUAUAAAGGUAUUUGGGUGCCUGAAGGUGAGACAGUGAAAAUUCCUGUGGCUAUUAAGAUCCUCAAUGAGACAACUGGCCCCAAAGCCAAUGUGGAGUUCAUGGAU